UUCUUGAAUAGCACGAGAUGGUGGCGCAAGACUUCAGCGACAUCCAACACUGCGACAACAUCAUGGCCGAGUUGUCGCUUACACCCGACGACAUGUUGGUUCCCAUACCUGCUUAUAUCAGAAGAGACAGGAUCAGCUUAAUCACACAGCACAAUAACCUCAUUGACGACUGCCUUCGGCGAGCUGGCUUGGAGGCCACUUCGGAAGACGAACUGUCGCCCUUGUCCAUCCUGGAGGCAAUCCUCCUCAUCCAGAAGCACGAGAGGGCGAAGCAAGGCCGAGCCAAGGCUGACCACCGACGGGAACUUCUGGCCAAACAGGAAAGAGACAGAGGACGAGGUCGUCAGCAAGUGUCCCUCGAGGUUGCAGUAGUGCGAUUGCAAGCAUUCACCCGGGGAAUGCUUGCCAGGAAAAGGGUCCGACAGAUGAGAUACGACGAGGAGAUCUUUCUGGGGCUGCGUCCAGAUCCUACUCUGGACCGCAGCUGGAACAGUAAGCUUCAGAAGGUGAAGGAAGCAAGAUACCAACAACAGGAAAUGAGACAGAGAGACUUUGAGCUUACUACCAAAAGAAUCCAAACCAAGAUCAUCUAUGAAGACGGCACUCACCUUCUUACGACAAUGGAGGACAAAAUACGCGCUUGGAUGUUUGAGAAGAAACAUGAAACCGGCAAAUUUCCUGAUCUACCUGAAGAAGAAGAAGGUGGAUCCUCGAGCAUUGUGGGAAUGGCGCGCCCAGACGACGAUUCAGGAAGUGAGAAAUCGGACAAAAAGACUGAGAAGGAGAGAGCCAGAGAGAAGGAUAAACAAAAGAAGAAGAAAGAAGAAGAAGAGAGGUCUGUCGUCAUCAAGCCGUCUGUCUUUGCCGCUGACAUUCGCGCCUCUUGUGAAAAAUAUACGGACGUCUGGUCCGUGAGGGACAUCGAGAAGAACCCUAAGGAGCGACCCGAGGAGGACAUGAUCGAGGUCGAGCAGAGGACGAGGGUGGAGAUUGAGAUCAGGAGGCAGGUCGAUUACCUCAUGAGGCAAGAACUGCAGAAACUGAAAGAGGAUGUUGACGGCGAGAAGAGGGGAGCGAAGAAGAAGAAGAGGAUGAAAAAAGGCGGGAAAAAGGGCAAGAAGAGGAAGGAGAAAGACUUGACGCCCGACAGAACGACCGAAUCUCUGUUUGAGGAAAUGGUGCUGAAUGGUAUAAUAAAGAAGGUUCCAGAAAUCCGGCUGAGAGACUUGCACGGCGACAUCAACCUCAUCGGGUCAGACAUCGUCGCUAAAACGAACUACGCGCAGCCGGCGUUCGGCGACAUCAAGAACAUCCUGACGGAGUAUGUCGUCCUCCCGAUGGGAAUUGACUUGGUUCACGAGAAGGCCCAGCUGGUGAAGAGCGUGUUGCUGUGUGGGCCGAGGGGCUGCGGGAAGACCACGCUGGUGCAGGCGCUCGCUCACGAGUCCGGCGCCAUCCUCAUGGACCUCACGGCCACCAACAUCGUCGGGCGGUACCCCGGGAAGGCGGGACUCAACAUGCUCACUCAUCUAAUCAUGAAGGUGGGGCGUCUGUUGCAACCCACUAUUGUGAUGAUCGAUGCCGCCGAUAAAAUGUUUCUAAAAAAGGUACCAAAGACUGACAAGUCUGACCCAAGGCGGCUAAAGAAGGAGAUGCCCAAGAUGCUGAAGAACAUCCUGCCGGAGGACAAAAUCAUCUUUAUAGGCAUCUCGAAUGCCCCUUGGAACUGCGACGUGAAGUCUAUUGCUUCUGUGUACCAAAAAAUCCUCAUGAUCCAACGUCCAACCUAUGGCGCACGCGCAGAUCUGUGGCGUCAUCUGAUCACUAAGAAGGGAGGCAAGCUGACGUAUCGCCUGGACCUGGGUGGACUGGCUCGCAUCAGCGAUGGGUACACAACCGGCCACAUCUGCAGCGUCGUCAGUCAGGUGGUUACAGAACAGCGCUUGACCAAACAGGACAAGGCUCCUCUGACGGCUGCAGAAUUUGUUGUACCUUUGAGCAAAAUAGAGCCAAUUUACAAGGAGGAAGAAGAAGCGUUCGUCGGUUGGUUUCAGAAGACGCCCAUCAUGAAGAAGAAAGCCAAACUGAUCGAAGAAGAGCUGGAGGCUCAGGGCCUGAAAGGAAAACAGGCUAAGAAAAACGAGGCUGCCGAAAACUCCAAGGGAAAGAAAGGAAAGAAGAAGAAGAAAUAACGAGGCUUGUUCUUAAGGAAGAUCAGUCAGUAAUGCCUUCCAAUUACAGGAAUCAACGUAAUGUACUCAUUAUGGUUAAGAGUGUUUGUUUGAAUUGUUUUUGAAUAUGACGAAAAUUAAACUUUUGAACCUACAGGACUUCACUUAUGACCUUACUCAGUAGUAUUCCGUUUCUUGCUUUGUGGAAAGACUCAGGUGGAAAGUAGGUUACUGUCUUUAUGAAGGUAUUUUGUCGAGACAAGUGGAAUUUCUUCAGAAACAAUUUUUUAUAGUAAAUCAAAUAAAGAAAG